GCCGGGCCUGUGCGGCCCAGGGGGCUGGGUUCGGAGUCCGGCGGGGGCCGCGAUGGAGCUUCCCCGGGGGCAGCCGGCGAGGGAGUCGGCCUUGGUCACUCAGAGCCUCCGGCAUCGGCGGGCGGGCCGGCCGCAGACCCGAGUCCACCGGCUCCGGGCAGCCGCCCUGGUACCGGCCGCGAAGGGGCAGCCGGGCUGGAGCCUGCGGGCCUUAGCUGGAGGUGAAUUACAAUAGCCGGGCCUGAGGGACCCCUCCCCCGUCUCGGAGGCCGGGGCCUGGCCUCUCCCUGUGAGAGGGGCCCGAUACCGGGCCCGAGGGCACAGCGCAAAACAAGCUCUCUAGCCUGAGCCUGACCAAGGUGGUUAACUCUGUACCAGCUGCUUCUUCCUCUCCCGCCCUCGUCCUCCAGCUCUCGGGAGAGCCCUCUGCACAGGGAAUCGCUUUUUCACUCGAAGCCCCGUGAUGGUGAUUUAAAGAUCAACAUCAAUUAUUUCGCUGCUCUUCAUAACAGAUGUCUCCAGCCAAUGCAUCAGUGUGGGCAGCGCUUGUGUAUCUCACCAUUCUGCCUCACAACCGAGCCUGACACCUGACUCCCACACUACUUGUGAGCAGAUAAAGCUACCAGUCAGCUUCUGCUGGAGACAGACUGGGAAUCCAUCCUGCAGAUCUGUGAUAUGAUUCGUCAGGGAGACACUCAAGCUAAAUAUGCAGUUGGUGCUAUCAAGAAGAAAGUCAAUGACAAGAACCCCCAUGUGGCUCUCUACGCACUAGAGGUCAUGGAGUCUGUGGUCAAGAAUUGUGGCCAGACAGUCCAUGAUGAGGUGGCUAAUAAACAGACUAUGGAGGAGCUGAAAGAACUAUUCAAGAGACAAGUGGAAGUGAAUGUUCGCAAUAAGAUCCUGUACCUGAUCCAGGCCUGGGCUCAUGCCUUCCGCAACGAGCCCAAGUACAAGGUGGUGCAGGACACCUACCAGAUCAUGAAGGUGGAAGGUCAUGUGUUCCCAGAAUUCAAGGAGAGCGAUGCCAUGUUUGCUGCAGAAAGGGCCCCUGACUGGGUGGAUGCUGAAGAGUGUCACCGAUGUCGAGUGCAGUUUGGGGUUGUGACCCGCAAGCAUCACUGCCGGGCCUGUGGGCAGAUCUUCUGUGGAAAGUGCUCCUCCAAGUACUCCACCAUCCCUAAGUUUGGCAUUGAGAAGGAGGUGCGGGUGUGUGAGCCCUGCUAUGAGCACCUCAACAAGAAAGCUGACGGCAAAACAGCUGCCACCACUGAGCUGCCACCCGAGUACCUGACCAGCCCCCUUUCUCAGCAGUCCCAGCUGCCUCCGAAGCGUGACGAGACAGCCCUGCAGGAGGAGGAGGAGCUCCAGCUGGCCAUUGCCCUCUCGCAGUCAGAGGCUGAGGAGAAAGAGAGGAUGAGACAGAAAACAACCUACUCCGUGUACCCGAAAGCCGAGCCGACACCUGUCACCUCAACCGCACCCCCUGUCAGCACCCUCUACUCCUCCCCUGUGAACUCCUCUGCUCCGCUGGCUGAGGACAUCGACCCUGAGCUGGCUCGGUACCUGAACCGUAACUACUGGGAGAAGAAGCAGGAGGAGGUUCGUAAGAGCCCCACCCCAUCUGCUCCACUGUCCCUCUCAGAGCCAGCUGCCCAGCCUGGGGAAGCUCAUCCCAGCCCGCUCAGUGUCGUGGAGCAGCAGUACCAGAAUGGGGAGUCUGAGGAGAACCACGAGCAGUUCCUGAAGGCUCUGCAGAAUGCUGUCACCACCUUCGUCAACCGUAUGAAGAGCAACCACAUGCGGGGCCGCAGCAUCACCAAUGACUCAGCCGUGCUCUCCCUCUUCCAGUCCAUCAACAACAUGCAUCCCCAGCUGCUGGAGCUGCUCAACCAACUGGAUGAGCGCAGGUUGUACUAUGAGGGCCUGCAGGACAAGCUGGCACAGAUCCGGGAUGCCCGCGGGGCCCUGAAUGCUUUGCGGGAUGAGCACCGCGAGAAGCUGCGCCGGGCAGCCGAGGAGGCAGAGCGCCAGCGCCAAAUCCAGCUGGCACAGAAGUUGGAGAUCAUGAGACAAAAGAAGCAGGAAUACCUGGAGAUGCAGCGGCAAUUGGCCAUCCAGCGGCUGCAGGAGCAGGAAAAGGAGAGGCAGAUGCGCCUGGAGCAGCAAAAGCAGACCAUCCAGAUGAGAGCCCAGAUGCCAGCUUUCUCUCUGCCCUAUGCCCAGCUCCAAGCCAUGCCAGCAGCAGGAGGGGUGAUCUAUCAGCCAUCCGGUCCCACCAGCUUCCCAGGCACCUUCAGCCCUGCAGGCUCUGUGGAGGGCUCUCCCAUGCACAGUGUGUACAUGAACCAGCCAGCUCCAGGCAGCACUGGCCCCUACGCACCAAUGCCUGUUGCCGGGGCAGGUGAGAGCCUGGGCCAAGCAGAGGUAGGCAGGGCUGGAAUGCAGCAGCAGUCACUUCACUGUGCCCUCUCUGCUCCAGAUCCCAACAUGGUGAACGCCUACGUGUACCAGACAGGCGCAGGAGGUGGGCAGGCAGCGGCGCAAGGGCAGGUGGUUCCCACCACCAACCCAGCCUACUCCUCGUAUCAGCCGACUCCGACACAGGGCUACCAGAACGCUGCGUCCCAGUCGCAGAGCAUCCCUGCCAUCUCGCAGGCCCCACAGUCUGGCACCAUGGGCUACAUGGGGAGCCAGUCUGUCUCCAUGGGGUACCAGCCCUACAACAUGCAGGGCCUCAUGUCGACCCUUCCUGGGCAGGAGCCAGCUCUGAGCAGCCUGCCACCCCAGCAGACUUACCUCUCAGGACAGCAGCCCAUGUAUCAGCAGAUGCCGCCCCCAGCAGCCCCACCCCAGCAGCAGCAGCAGCUGCCUCAGCAGGCCCCAUCGCAGGUACAGCAGGCCCAGGGCAGUGGCGAGGCCCAACUCAUCUCGUUCGACUGAUCUUGGCAAGGGGGGCUUCCCAGUGUAACACUAUUUUCUGUAGGAACCACUAUGUACUUUAACUAGCCAUUUCUGUCUCUUCCCCGCCCCCCUCCCUGGGGAACGGCCCUGCUCAAGGGGAGGGUGGGACUCUGGGGCCUCACCAGCUGGCAUGCACCCUCUGGCCUGGCAGGGACCUCCCUGCAGCUCUGGCUCCCGGUGGCUUUUUCCUUGCCCUGUCCCCACCUGGCUGAAAUGUUCAAUGAUUGCUGGAAGUUUGCCCCACCCCAGCAGGUGGAGAAUGAAUAGGCACUUGGCCCUUCACGAAGAGACUUCUGCAAGUCAGAGGCUUCAGACUGGCUGCUGGGCUUCCCCCCCCCCCCAAGGCUGUGUGGGCAGGAUGGUGACUGGGGCCCACUGGGCACCCUCUGACUGGGAGCCAGCCAUAAUUGCACAGGCCAGGGACUCCCUUCCCUGCUCUGCAGCAGGCAAGAGACUUGCCCUGACCCUAGGACAAAUAGGGCAAUGAGAUCUGAUGCAGAGCUGUCCUGUGCACAAAGCACGGCCUCUGCCACUAUUCCUCUCUAAACAGUGCACCAUGGGGCUCCUCCUCUGCCCAGUAGGAGUCUGGGCCUCUCACCACAACCUGCACCCCUCACCCUGUUCCCUUGCCCCUCCAUGGGAGCCUGGCCCUGUGCUUGCAUUCCAUGCUCCUGGGAACUCAGGCCCUUCCGCCUGACCCAUGCCUAUAUCCUCCACCCCCUCCUUGGGAGCCUGAGCCCUCUCUGCUUUUUGAACACUCAUCUCUCAUAUGUAGUGGUGGAGUAGGCAGAAUGGAACCAGUGACAAUAAAAUGUAUUUAAAGA